AUGUGUCCUGAGUACUUCAGAGAAGGGCUAUUCUCGGCUAAAUCAGAUGUGUUCAGCUUCGGUGUUCUGAUGCUUGAAAUAAUUUGUGGAAGGAAGAACAAUAGCUUCCACCGUGACUCAGAAGGACCUCUCAAUCUCAUAGUUCAUGUGUGGAAUCUGUUUAAAGAGAACAGAGUUGGCGAGGUGAUAGAUUCUUCUUUGGGAGAUUCUGCAGUUGAGAACCCUCAAGUGUUGAGAUGCUUUCAAGUUGCUCUCUUGUGUGUACAAGAAAAGCCAGAAGACAGACCAAGUAUGUUAGAUGUUGUGUCCAUGAUAUACGGAGACGGAAACAAUGCUCUUUCUUUGCCUAAAGAGCCAGCUUUCUAUGAUGGUCCCCGGAGAAGCUCACCAGAUACAGAGGUUGAGCAACCAGAAACGGAAAAUGCAUCAGUAAAUAGAGUUUCCAUCACGGUGAUGGAAGCAAGUGCCACUUCGGCUAAAUCAAGAACUAUUGUCACCGCAGCUCAUUCAUUUCUAUCCACGGAGCGUGCGGAGAAGAGAAAAGAAAAGAGUUCCAUACAGCCUCCUCUAACUCGAGCAAAGUCGCCAAAACUAGGGAGGAUAAACCAAAACAAGGGACCGUGA